AUGGACACAGUGAGAAGUCCGGAGGUCGAAUACAUAGAUGACCAUGAAUCGGCUGCUGUUGAUUCCAUCGAGAAGAAGGUGUGUAGCACCCUCUACAUCUCAGAACAUGUCAAAGCAGCAGCAUAUGCAAAGAGAGAUUUUUACAAACAUUUUUAUCAAACAUGUUUUAAUGUUAUCUUUGAUCACUGUACUAGGAUAAGAAAAGGCCUUCCACAGAUUUCAUGGCGAAACUCUGUUACUGAAAGAAAAUAUGAGGAGAUUUGUGCACCUCAAGUCGAAGAGUUCUGCUACAUAACAGACAACACUUACUUCAAGGAGGAGGUAUAUGAUCUUGAUUCACAGAACCCUCAAUGGUUAAACUUUGCAGUGGCACUAAGACGUAGUAUUAUGCAGGUGUUGCAAAUGGAGUCUGUUGUUUUAAAUUACUUGAAGUUUGAAAUGACAGCUCUAACUGCCAAAUGUUUUCUGAGGAACUUAUUGUUGAGAUAUAUUGCAGGAGGUUUGUUCGAGUUGCUCAAGGACUUAAUGAGUUGGAACACUUGGCUAGCGACAUUGCAAAACUCUCUUUUAGAACACAACAUGUUUUUUUAUGCUCCAUCACUCAUUGCUGCUUCUGCAAUUUUCUUGGCCAAAUAUAUUCUUCUUCCUUCAGGGAAACCUUGGUACAAAUUUGUUGCAAAGACGUAUUGCCCUCCAACUGUACUUGUAGAGUUCUUCCACAACAUAACCAACUAA